AUGGCAGACAGCGAGCGCGAAACAGUGGCAAAUACUAAUCCUCCUGCCACAAAAACAACAAAGCGCAAAGCAUCCGACGCCUCCAAGCCAAAAGUCACCCACUUCACUUCCCGCAAUCCGCCCUGGACCUAUCUCAAACUCCGACUAAUUCCACAACCCGGAUCCUCUCCUCAACCCCUCGAUGCUCUUUCCGCCCGCACAUACCUCUCCGCCGCGCUAUCCCAGUUCCUCGGUCUCACGGGUACUGCCAUUCCAAUUGAUAUCCUGAAGAUAGAAAAUGAAUUGCUGGAUAGUAAUGCGCAGCCUACAUCUACGGCACAAUCAAAGAAUGUGAAAAGAUGCGAUACGGUCUGGGUCCGUGUGCCGCGCGAGGACGCCGCUGCUGUGGUAGCCGCGCUGAGCUCGUGGGUUGGUGGGAGCAACGGUGGCUCCUCUGCUGUCAGUGUGGCAUGGAGAAUUUGUGCCAAGGGAAAUUUUCUGGGUGCGCUAGUUGCCGGGUCUGGCCGUGACUUGUUCGUUCCUUGA